AGCUGGAGCGGACAGGACGGCUUCGGGGAUGUGGCGGGGCCUUUGUCUCUCGCUGCAGCUGGAGCUGCAGGUCUCGCCUUCACUGCCCUGUGUCCUCUGCUCGCAGAGGCCCAGCCUCUGUGGCCCUGUGACCUGCAGGUAUUGAGAGAUCCACAGCUAAGACGCCAGGUCCCCCGGAAGCCUAGAAAUGGAGACGUUGACAUUUAGGGAUGUGGCCAUAGAAUUCUCUCUGGAGGAGUGGGAAUGCCUGAACCCUGCUCAGCAGAAUUUAUAUAUGAAUGUGAUGUUAGAGAACUACAAAAACCUGGUCUUCUUGGGUAUUGCUGUCUCUAAGCAAGACCCGAUCACCAGUCUAGAGCAAGAAAAAGAGCCCUGGAAUAUGAAGAUAUGUGAGAUCGUGGAUGAAUCCCCAGCUAUGUGUUCUUCUUUUAUCAGAGACCUUUGGCCAGAGCAAGACAUAAAAGAUUCUUUUCAACAAGUGAUACUGAGAAGACAUGGCAAAUGUGAACAUGAGAAUUUACAGUUAAGAAAAGGCUCCGCAAAUGUGGUUGAGUGUAAGGUGUACAAAAAAGGUUAUAAUGAACUAAACCAGUGUUUGACAACUACGCAGAGCAAAAUAUUUCCAUGUGAUAAAUAUAUAAAAGUCUUUCAUAAAAUUUUCAAUUCAAAUAGACACAAGACAAGACAUACUGGAGAGAAACCUUUCAAAUGUAAAAAAUGUGAUGAAUCAUUUUGCAUGCUUUUACACCUACAUCAACAUAAAAGAAUUCAUAUUAGAGAGAAUUCUUACCAAUGUGAAGAAUGUGACAAAGUGUUUAAGCGGUUCUCAACCCUUACUAGACACAAGAGAGUUCAUACUGGAGAGAAACCCUUCAAAUGUGAAGAAUGUGGCAAAGCUUUUAAGCACUCCUCAACCCUUACUACACAUAAGAUGAUUCAUACUGGAGAGAAACCCUACAGAUGUGAAGAAUGUGGCAAAGCCUUCUACCAUUCUUCACACCUUACUACACAUAAGGUAAUUCAUACUGGAGAGAAGCCCUUCAAAUGUGAAGAAUGUGGUAAAGCUUUUAACCACCCUUCAGCCCUUACUACACAUAAGUUCAUUCAUGUUAAAGAAAAACCCUACAAAUGUGAAGAAUGUGACAAAGCUUUUAACCGAUUCUCAUACCUUACUAAACAUAAGAUAAUUCAUUCUGGAGAGAAAUCUUACAAAUGUGAAGAAUGUGGCAAAGGCUUUAACUGGUCCUCAACCCUUACAAAACAUAAAAGAAUUCAUACUGGAGAGAAACCCUACAAAUGUGAAGAAUGUGGCAAAGCCUUUAAUGUGUCUUCACACCUUACUACACAUAAGAUGAUUCAUACUGGAGAGAAACCCUACAAAUGUGAAGAAUGUGGCAAAGCCUUUAACCACUCCUCAAAACUUACUAUACAUAAGAUAAUUCAUACUGGAGAGAAACCUUACAAAUGUGAAGAAUGUGGCAAAGCUUUUAACCAAUCCUCAAACCUUACCAAACAUAAGAUAAUUCAUACUGGAGAGAAACUCUACAAAUGUGAAGAAUGUGGCAAAGCUUUUAACCGAUCCUCAAACCUUACUACACAUAAGAGAAUUCACACUGGAGAGAAACCCUACAAAUGUGAAGAAUGUGGCAAAGCUUUCAACCGAUCCUCAAACCUUACUAAACAUAACAUAAUUCAUACUGGAGAGAAAUCUUACAAAUGUGAAGAAUGUGGUAAAGCCUUUAACCAAUCCUCAACUCUUACUAAACAUAGGAAAAUUCAGCAAGGCAUGGUGGCUCAUGCCUGCAAGACUCUGUCUCAAAAAAAAAAAAAAAAAGAAAAGAAAAUUCAUACUGGAAAGAAACCCUACAAUUGUGAAGAAUCUGCCAGUGCUUUCAACCAGUCCUCGAACCUUUUUAAGAAAAUAAUUUAUACUGGAGAGAAAUUCUACAAAUGUGAAGAGUAUGGCAAAGCCUUUAAUCAGUCUUCAACUCUUACUAGGCUAAAAAUUCAUACUGUACAGAAACCCUACGAGGGUGAAAAACAUGGCAAAGCCUUUAACAAGCCCUCAAUUCUUAACAGACAUAACAUGAUUUAUACUGGAAAGAAACUCUGCAAACCAGAAAGAUCUGGCAAUGCUUUUGACAACACCUCAAACUUUUCUAACCAUAAAAGAAAUUAUAUUGGUGAGAAAUCUUAGAAAUCUGAAGAAUGAGACAAAGCCUUUAAAUGGUUGUCACACUUGAUUGUAGGUAAGAUAAUUCGUACUGGAGAAAACACCUACAUGUGUGAACAAUGUGGCAAAACUUAACCAGCUGGUCCCAAUCUGACCUUACAUAAGACAAGACAUACUGGAAAGAAACCUUUCAAAUGUAAAAAAUGUGGCAAAUCAUUUUGCAUGCUUUUACACCUAAGUCAACAUAAAAGAAUUCAUAUUAGAGAGAAUUCUUACCAAUGUGAAGAAUGUGGCAAAGCUUUUAAAUGGUUCUCAACCCUUACUAGACACAAGAGAAUUCAUACUGGAGAGAAACCCUUCAAAUGUGAAGAAUGUGGCAAAGCUUUUAAGCAGUCCUCAACCCUUACUACACAUAAGAUAAUUCAUACUGGGGAGAAACCAUAUAGAUGUGAAGAAUGUGGCAAAGCCUUCAACCGGUCCUCACACCUUACUACACAUAAGAUAAUUCAUACUGGAGAGAAACCCUACAAAUGUGAAGAAUGUGGCAAAGCUUUUAACCAGUCUUCAACCCUUACUACACAUAAGUUCAUUCAUGCUGGAGAGAAACCCUACAAAUGUGAGGAAUGUGACAAAGCUUUUAAUCGAUUCUCAUACCUUACUAAACAUAAGAUAAUUCAUACUGGAGAAAAAUCUUACAAAUGUGAAGAAUGUGGCAAAGGCUUUAAUUGGUCCUCAACCCUUACUAAACAUAAAAGAAUUCAUACUGGAGAGAAACCCUACAAAUGUGAAGUGUGUGGCAAAGCCUUUAAUGAGUCCUCAAACCUUACUACACAUAAGAUGAUUCAUACUGGAGAGAAACCCUACAAAUGUGAAGAAUGUGGCAAAGCUUUUAACCGGUCCCCACAACUUACUGCACAUAAGAUAAUUCAUACUGGAGAGAAACCUUACAAAUGUGAAGAAUGUGGCAAAGCUUUUAGCCAAUCAUCAAUCCUUACUACACAUAAGAGAAUUCACACUGGAGAGAAACCCUACAAAUGUGAAGAAUGUGGCAAAGCUUUUAACCGAUCCUCAAAUCUUACUAAACAUAAGAUAAUUCAUACAGGAGAGAAAUCUUACAAAUGUGAAGAAUGUGGUAAAGCCUUUAACCAAUCCUCAACUCUUACUAAACAUAGGAAAAUUCAUACUAGACAGAAACCCUACAACUGUGAAGAAUGUGACAAUACAUUUAACCACUCCUCAAACCUUAUUAACAAAAUAAUUCAUACUGGAGAGAAACUCUACAAAUGUCAAGAAUGUGGGAAAGCCUUUAAGCAGUCCUCAACUCUUACUAAGCAUAAAAAAAUUUAUACUGUACAAAAACCCCACAAGUGUGAAAAACAUGGCAAAGCCUUUAAGAAGCCCUCAAUUCUUAACAGACAUAAGAUAAUUUAUACUGGAGAGAAACUCUACAAAUCAGAAAGAUGUGACUACUUUUGACAACGCCUCAAACUCUUCUAACCAUAAAAGUAAUUAUACUGGUGAGAAAUCCUAGAAAUCUGAAGAGUGAGAUAAAGCCUUUAAAUGGUUGUCACACUUGAUUGUAGGUGUGGUGGCUCACGUCUGUAAUCCCAGCACUUUGACAGGCUGAGCGAGGGAGUGGAUCUUGAGGUCAGCAGUUCGAGACCAGCAUGGCCAAUAUGGAGAAAUCCCGUCUCUACUAAAAAUACAAAAAUUAGCCAGGCGUGGUGACAUGUGCCUGUAAUCCCAGCUACUCAGGAGGCUGAGGCAGGAGAAUCGCUUGAACCUGGGAGGUGGAGGUUGCAAUGAGCCAAGAUCACUCCACUGCACUCCAGCCUGGGCAACAGAGCGAGACUCCAUCUCAAAAAGUAAAAUAUAUUUUCAAAUUUUCUGUAUAUUUUUCUUUGAACAUGUGGUCUGUCUGCCUGCAAACAUAUACAGACUUUUAGUUUUGAUUCACAUAGAGUUAAAUACAUGUUAGUCUAAAGACAAAUCUUAGGUGUAAGAAAAUUAUGGAGUUAAGUAUGUGUGUGUGAGUAUGAGUUUGUACAUAUUUUCAGAAGGAAAGAACAAUAUGGGAACAAAAAUCAUUUUAAUAUGAUGACUACUAUAAAACUGAAAACCUAAAAAAUGCUGAAAGCAAAUGUAUACUUUUUAGUUUGUAUUGAAUUUAUUAUUGUACAGUGUAUGACUUAGAGUUCUGAAUCUUCCCAAGCAAAUUCUCUGUAUAUACUUGCCUGGUACUCAUGCUAGACCCAUACUUUUUUUGUUUCUUACAUUUUUUUUGUUUUAUAUGUUAUGAAGUAUUCAUUAUGUGAGCUGGUCUGCGAUUAUAAGAAUUUUUAUGAAAUUUAGUGCACACAAAAUAAUCUUUAGAUGUAAUUCCAAAAGUAGUGUAUUAAGUUACAUUUUAUUUAGUGAGAGCACUCCAUUUUGUUCUUUUAAGGGGAGAACAAUAUAUAGGUUUUCUUUAGUGAUUGUUCCUUUCACUUUUUAUAAUUGACAUAAGCAUAUUUAUUGAGUCAAUUUGUUCAGCUAAGUACUAGGGAGGCUUCAUUAGUCAUGAGGAUGUUUUUAUAUAUAAAUGUAGCAAACAUAUAUUACAGUUUUCACCGUGUAAUAGAUUAUCCAUAAUCAUAAAUAUUCCUGCUGAAGUUAGUUUGUAACUUCAAGUCAAAGAUGAAAAAUAUCAGUGGUGAAGAUUGAUUGUUCAUAUGGAGAGGACAUUUUUUUUCCAGACUGUAAAACUGAAUCUUGUUGAAUUUGAAGAGAAAUUCUGGCAGAGGCAGAUGAAUCACCUGAGGUCAGGAGUUUGAGACCAGCCUGAUGAAUAUGGUGAAACCCAGUCUCUACUAAUAAACUACAAAAAUAGCCAGGCAUGGUGUUGGGUGCCUGUAAUCCCAGUUGGGAGGCUGAGGCAGGAGAAUUGCUUGAACCCGGAGGUGAAGAUUGGAGUAAGCCAAGAUUGUGCCAUUGCACUACAGCCUGGGUGACAGAGCGAGACUCCAUAUC